AUGACUCUGUUUAAAUUGGGAGCAGAAAUAUUUUCUCGAGCCUUUUUAAGGCAAUUAAAAACAUACCAACUCAACCGCAAUCAAGCAGUAACCCUUCCCAAUCACAGCCAAGGUAAGAUUCCGAUAGCGCUGGUAGCUAUCGCAAAGAAUAUCGAGCCCUAUCUAUCAAAAUAUCUCAAGAACCUGUCAAGCUUACCCUUUCAGGCUGUUUCUUGGCCAAAAUCUCAACAAUCGACUUCUUUUUCCAUCAAGAGUAAAGUCGCCGCAGCACUUCUUAACAAGCACCUUCAAAUUAACGGCAUAUCUGCCGGUUUGACUUCGUUACGACAAUCAGUUGAUGAAGGCCUUGUAUCCGACGACAAAGCUGCAGCUGCUGAGGCCGUAGCUACGGAUCCAGGUUCAAGUAGCAAAAUGAAGAGAGAAAGAAAAGCUGCCAGGACGUUAGGGAUUAUCGUAUCUGCGUUUCUAGCGUGCUGGUUACCUUUUUUUCUAUGGUACGUGAUAUCAGCUCUAUGCGGCUACACGCUCUGCUAUAGCCCCCAAUGGUUGAUCACUCUCGUUUUUUGGGUAGGUUAUUUCAAUUCCGCCCUGAAUCCGCUCAUUUACGCCUACUUCAACCGAGAAUUCCGAGUGGCGUUCAAGAAAACCUUAGAAAACUGCUGCCAAGUUUCGUCGCACUUAGUUUGUAGGAAAUACUCGAUGAGGAGAGACCCUCCGAUCACGUGUAGCAACGCCUCUAGCGAGAUGCACGGGAACAACUAUCUGCGAGCUGAGGCGAUCAUCCAGCGAUUCAACAACUUCUCCGAGCAAGAAGUGAUUAACUUAAGACAAAGCGAGGCUUGUAUUUAGAAGGUUUGUGAAUUGACAAGCUUACUUACAUAUCGAAUGCAAUAA